CCGCUCUCCCCUCCCCUCCCGCUCCCAGUGCCCUCGCGACCUGCACUCAGCGAGCAGAUGCGACAUCCAACCAAACGAAAUUCAAAUUUUGUUGUUUUCCAAAGUCAACACAAUGACUGUCAGGGCAUUAUGGCAGACCACUUGUCAAAUUUACCCUUCUAUCUCCAAGCCUUUCGCAUGCCAAAGAAUGACUGUCGAUAGACUGAAACUCGUCCGACUUGCACAUCAGCAGCUGCCUUCGUCUUCAGCCUCUCCCAUGCAGCAAUCUUCAGCAACAGGACCACAUCAGAAUACACCUUCUGCAAUGCCACCUAUGAAAUCAUCACCUGAAGAUGGGAGUUCCAAACAAAAGUCUCUUCGUGUAACUGUGGUUUCUCGCUACAUGGAAUAUCUUAAUUCUUACAUUAAAAUUCUAGAUAAGAAGUUUCCAGCAGCCAUGAAUGUGUACCGAAUAUUUAUGCUGGGCACCAAAGAGUUAUUAAGAGAUAUGAGGGUUUACUUUCGUUUGUUAACAAAUGUUACGUGGGAUGUCCAAGUAUUGCGUCAGUUAAGUCGUAAGGAGUUAGAGCUUUACCAAAGUAUGCCAAAAGAUAUGUUGAAGAUAUUACCAUUUUUGGUUUUGUCAUCUCUUCCAUUUGCUAACUACGUUAUGUUUCCUGUUGCGUACAAGUAUCCUCGGCAAUUGCUAUGUAAACAUUAUUGGACCCUGCAACAGAAAGUGGAGUUUGCAAUGCAAACCCAUCGUAAAAAACUCCUAAAUCAAAGAGCUGUUUUUCGAGGCUUACAACUGCAACUUGAUUCACAAGCUGUGAAAAGAGACAAACGAGUGCACAGAGUAUGGUCUCACAGCAUUGCAUGUCUCGGAAGUGGCCAGCAUCCUCAACCUGAAGAUAUUAUUCAGUGUUUACCACUCUUUCGAGGAGAUCCAUACCAUCUUGACUACCUGAUGCCAUCUCAUGUAAAUUCUCUCUUGAAGCUGCAUGGAAUGCAUUCUAUGUGGAGAAGACGCAAGAGGCUUGCUGAUCAUGCAAGUUUAAUUCAUGAAAUAGAUUUAGCGAUAUUACGUGAAGGUGGUGUGGAAGUGAUGACCCAAGAUGAAAUGCGUUCAGCCUGUUUCUUAAGGGGAUUGAAUCCUGUAAAUAUGUGCACUGAAGACCUCCGUUUGUGGCUGUCACAAUGGAUGAAGAUCUCAACCCAAGUGGAUCAAACCAGUCUUUCAUUAUUACUACAUUGUCCUGUUUUACUUGCUUACAACAAACCCAGCAAUUGGGCUUUGUUUCAUUGAUGUACUCAGAUUUUCAUACAUCAUGCAUGACAAUCAUUUUGUGAACCUGCAUGGCCUGAACACUGAGUCUCCUGUAUCCACGCUCUCCUUUGGAGCGUGUGGCAGCACCCAAACACUAUUUCAUUUUCUGUGAUAAAACCUGUCUCUUUAGCUAGAAUUUGACAUGUCAAAGUGAGAACUAAAUAAAUGAGUUAUUUAUUAUUA